GGAUUCAGUUGCAAAACGACCAAUACUUUCUCCCUCCUAACCCUUCUCUUUCUCUCUCCAAAUAUACAAUUGAUUAGGGUUUUCAAUACAAAGUGCCAAGCUCGAAAAGAGGGGAAAAGAAAAAGGCGCUUAGAAUUGUACCCUUCCUGAAAAGGAAAUUACAUGCAAAACCAUAUUUUUGUCUUCUUGAAUAGUACAAGGUAAAAAUAGUUAGGGUUUUAACAAAUUGGGUUGUUUUUGCUCUUGCCCCUUUCAUGAAUUGCGAGAAUUUCUUCAAUCGAUGUCACUUCAAUUUCAUGGUGUGUGAAUGGAUUUUUCGGUUUUCGCGGCCGAUUAUUCCUCGUUUUUGAUAGCCCUAGUAGCAACUAUUUUCUGUUUGGUUCUCGCGAGCGCUGUGAUUUUCCAGAGAGUGAGGUUAGGGCUGGGUCGUUCCAAUUGCGCUAGUCCGAGUGAGGAGAGGGAAAUCGGUGGUGGGGAAAUGACUGCGCGGGUGAUUGGAGGUGUGAGUGAGAAUGGCGGGGAGAAGGCGGGGGAGAGACAGUCUGGGGCGUCGAUGAUGGAGCAGCUGGUGCCGGAGAUCACCACGCAUGCCUUGAGUUACUUGGAUUAUCCGAGCCUCUGCCGCCUCUCCAUGACGAAUUCACUCAUGCGGAGAGCUGCCAAUGACGACAAUGCGUGGAAGGCGCUCUACCAUAAGGAUUUCACUUUGGAGCAAGACAAUGUAACCCCACCUAAUGGGUGGAAAGCAUAUUACGCCGCAACAAGAGCUGUCGUUACUGUAAAUGCUGAAUUUUUUAGGAUUAUCAGGGAAAGAUUGCUUCAAGCUAUGCGUCAGUUUUGGCUUCAUGCUGAUUAUGUGAAGUGUUUCCAUGCAACUGGGGAGUCAUUUAGUGGUUAUAAUGCAGUGAUGGGGAGCUGGCAGCUAGCAUUUAACUGGGAGAAUGUGGCUGAUUUCCGGAUACAAGAUGUUAGGGUUCGAGUAAUGCCAAGUAUGGCUUGGGUGACUAUGAAAGCUUAUCUUGACAUUGGUGCUGGUCCGUUCCAUGUGACAAAUAUAUACGAGUUGCAUGAUGGCAGAUGGUACAUGGUGCACCAUCACUGCUCGGCGUUGCUGAUGCACGGAGGAGGUGGGCAUGGGCAACAACUUGUGCAUGUGUAAAGGAGGUAGAUGGUAGACGAUAAGAAUCAAUCGAUGUUGAUGAUAAUGAAACAGAUUCAUCAUAGUUGAAAGAAAGAUGUAUUGGGGAAAUUUUAUUUGCUUGCUUUUUAUCAAAUCCCCUCUGUCAAUUCUUGGUGCCUUAGUUUCCUUGGCAAAUUUUAUGGCAAAAUACAUGCACAGAGAAGUUUGUUUUUCUUCU